GAUCAACGCACAAUCAACCCACACAGGACAUCUCUUUCUCCACAUUAAGUGUUAGACAUUAGAAUUGACUAUUCUUGUCUGUCACAUAAGUGGCGCAACUGAAUACUACCCGGACAAUGAAUCGAAUGCAACCACAUUUUCGCGGGAAUUUCAGUUUGUUACGGAUUCUGAUGCUGAAUACAUAAUGAUCAAAUAAUUUAAAGUCAGAGUGUAUUACAAUGUUUCUUAGUCCACCAAAGCAAGGUGAACAACCUGGAAAGAAGAAGAGAAAGACUGAGCUGCAGCUGAAACCGGCCUCUUCCGAGGGACUAAACUCAAGUAUGUCAACGAAGGGCAGAUUCUCUUUCUCCGGAAGAAAGUCAUAGAUGUGCUCAUCAAGCACCUGGAGAAAAGAUUCCAAGAUCUCCAGAAAUGGAGUGUCCCUUCAAAAUGUUCCAUCUUCAACCCCAGUCAGUGGCCCUUUGACAGACAGGAGCUGGCUGCCUAUGGCAAACAAGACUUUGCUGAUAUCUGUGAGCAUUAUCAGCCCUUGAUGGACGAGCACAGUGUUACAACUAAAAUGCUGAAGUCUGAGUUCAUCCUCUAUAAGAGUUAUGCAGCAGCCCGCACACUUCGAAUGCCACAGAUCUUCUCUGGCAUCCUGUGUGACACUGAGAGAUGCAAACAGUAUAAGGGGCUGUCAAUACUGUUUGAAAUAUACCUUGUUCUGGCAGUCAACACUGCAGUGUGUGAGCGGGGGUUCAGCUGCAUGAAGAGGGUGAAGAACGACUGGCGUUCCUGUCUGGGUACUGAGCAGCUCAGCCGCCUGAUGUUUUCCUCCAUUGAGGGCCCCUCAAUGGACAACUUUGAUGCUGCCGGAGCCAUGGAGAAGUGGUGGACCUCAGGAAAUAGGGCUCGUCACCCUGGCUUCAACCCGUGGCAGAAGGAGCAGGAGCAGGAGAUACGGGACGACCUCUAUCAAGACCUGGUUCUUAUGGAUCAGGAAGCCGAGCAGGAGGAGAAUGUGCGCCAGGAGGCCAUAUCUGACGAGCUUGGACUUGAGGCAGAGAAUGUGGCUGCUGGCGAGAAGCGCUUGGCUGAAGCUCUUGGCGACUCAGAUGAGUCAGACAUAGACGAGUCAGACAUUGACACUUUCUUGAAAGACUAUCAGUCAUUGAAUCAGCAAACACAAACAAGAAGAAGUGAAAUUAAGAAUAAAAUUGAAAUUGUACAAUAUAAUAUUGUGGUGGUUCAUCUUAUAAUUCUAGAGAAUGCACCAGACAGCAUCUAAGACCUGCAGGUCCCCCAAACCUUUCGUGUAUCAUUUCGUCCGCGCGCAUUUUUCAGGGCCAUCUCUAUUGGACUC